AUGAAUCAAAUCCCCCGACAAACAGCCGUGGCAUGGUCAGCGCACGAGGAACCGAAAGCUGCGCUCACGACCGCACCACCAAAUGCCCCGUAUUUCGAAGCCGGACCACAUAACGGGCUCGCCGUUCGCCAAAACUCGAACGAAACAUGCGGUUACUACACACUACCGGGAACAGGUAAUCACCUUGCUUUCUUAUACGCGCUUCGCCAGCGCGGCCAGAGGAAUGGCUGGCUGACGGGAAUCACCCAACUCCUAGAUGGCUGGGAUCCUUGGGUCUGUGGUGCUGGAGACAGUUGUAGAACAAUUGGUACACACUUCGGAUGCCUACAAACCAUAUACACUACAUGCUACGAGAAGACACACGCGGCUUGUACGUCGGGCUCUGCGCUAGAUCCUCGGAUUAUGUGUUGUAUUGGUGACGAAUUUCCAGAGUGUAUAACCGGCAUCAAGACUGAGGGUAACGAAGAUGACCUGACAGCCUACCUCUGUGGAAGGGGCUUUUCUACAGGAGAGCUGAUUGUCUACGACACGCCGGUCGAGACGCAUACGAACAUAAUGACGAAAAGCGGGAUCACGACGACAGUCGAGUGGGAGACGACUCUAUCUACCCACCCAAGCGGGACCGGUGGAGGAUCCUUUCAGACCGAAGCGUCGGAUUCCGAUUCUGGCUCCCAUACUCCAGUCGGAGCCAUCAUCGGCGGCGUCAUUGCCGGACUAGCAUUAAUCGCCUUCUUGGGAUUUGGCUUUUGGUUCGUUCGUUUCCAGAAGCGAAAUGCCGCUGCUAGUGCCGAGAGAGAGGCAGCACAAAUAGCACAAAUAGCACAGACAGUGCAGGCGAGUCAUAACCCGGUGCAAUACCAUGGUCAGCCUCAGUUUUCACCACCAGGCUAUUACCCAGUGGCACAGGGAAGUCCUCCACCAGGCGGCGACCAUCGCAUCUACCAAGAUGGAACGAUCGUAGCUCAGUAUUCACCGGCGAAGCCCGAAAUUUCACCGCGCCCUCCUUCUGAGUUGCCCGACGAUAAUGCUAGGCGUCCAGGCAUGCCUGUUGAGUUGCAAUGA